AUGGAAUUCUAUGCUUUCGAAUCUGCUUGCUUCAAUUUUGAUUCGUACCAAGGGAAGCAAAGAGCUGAUGCAGAAGUGGCCAACAUAUUGUUAGAUGGAGGCAAAAAGUACAACAAACGAAAUAGGGCACACACGAAUAAGAAUAAGCAAAGGAAAAGACGGAAGAAGAAAGGCAAAAAGAAGACUAAUAAGAGCAAAGUGGGAAAGCGAAAAAGAGAAAAGCGCGAGCAGCAGCAACAAAAGCAGGAACCAAAGAAGAAGAAGAAUAGUUUAAAAUUGACGGAAAAAGUAAGUGGCAGCCUGAAAGGUUUUAUGAAGACAAAAAAUCGAUGCCACUUGUCAUAUUUGGUGAUGUAUACAUGGGAGGAUGCUGUAAUAAUGAGGGGACGAACCACUGGAAUCACCAGUAUAUUGUAUAAAGAGCUACUAAAGAGACAACGGACGUUUUUAACUGCUGUUGUUGAUAUUGAUGAAUAUCGCACAUCAAAAAUUUGUAACAAUUGCAAGAGUGACGAUAUGGAAGAUGUAAGAAUGCAAGAGGGCUCAAGACUCUACAGUACUAAAGCCAUCUGGACAGGCCAGGAAAGAUUUAGCCAUUACAACAGAGAUAGCCGUACCGAAGACGGUGCUGUCAGCUCUUCACAACAGACUGCUUAA